GUGAGUUGUGGGCGGAGUCGGAGGCCGGUGAUCUGUCAUGGCUGCGCGCAGUGUGUUCGUCCCCGGGUUAUUCCGCGACAAGGUGGCCAUCGUGACCGGAGGGGGCACCGGCAUCGGGAAAGCCAUAGCGGCGGAGCUGCUGCAACUGGGCUGCAGCGUGGUAAUCGCCUCUCGGAAACUCGAUCGCUUGAAAGAAGCCGCCAGGGAUCUGCUGUCCAAAAUCUCCUCGGCCAACCCGUCCGCGCUGACCACCCUGCAAUGUAACAUCCGCAGAGAGGAAGAGGUGGAGUCUCUGGUUAAAGCAACUCUGGACCAAUAUGGCCGGAUCGACUUCUUGGUGAACAAUGGCGGUGGGCAGUUCCCGUCUCCCAGUGAAGCGAUCACCUCCAAAGGAUGGAAUGCGGUAGUAGAAACCAACCUCACCGGGACCUUCUACUGCUGCAAGGCCGUGUACAACGCCUGGAUGAGGGAUCACGGUGGGGCCAUUGUGAAUAUUGUGGCAGACAUGUGGAAGGGUUUUCCCGGAAUGUCGCACACCGGAGCUGCCAGAGCCGCCGUGGACAAUCUCACCAAAAGCCUGGCCAUAGAAUGGGCUCACAGCGGCGUCCGGAUAAACUCGGUGGCUCCUGGAACAAUCUUCUCACCGACCGCUGCGCAGAAUUAUGAGUCAGGGGUGGCUAUGUUUAAGAACUACAUCCCCAAUAUUCCGGCCAAGAGACUGGGACUUCCCGAAGAGAUCUCCCCAAUGGUCUGCUUCCUCCUCUCCCCUGCGGCUUCCUUUAUCACCGGAGAGACUGUGAAGGUGGACGCCGCGCAGAGCAUAUACCAUUCACACUGGACAGUGCCAGAUCACAAUCGAUGGCCGGAGGCACCAGAAGGAGAGAACGCCGAAACUUUGAAGAAACUGUUUUCCAAUGUUUCUCCUUCCAAGCUGUGAUGCCUGCACACGCCAAUGUCUGGCUUAAUUGUCAGGCGGGGAGAAUGUACGAUUAGUAUCUAAUUUAACUUGUUAAUU